GCCACACUGUGCAGAUACCUGUAGGCACCAUGGCUCGUCUAACAUUUCUUAUUUUAGCCUUUUUUAGUUUACCACAGUUCCAAAGGGCAGAAGUGGUUACAGAUUUUAGUAAAUGUCAAGAUUUCUUUUACAAGAAGACUGCACCAGCUGGUUUUGACCAAAACCUCAUUAAAAUCUGUCAGAAGUAUAAAGAUCUAUACCGUUAUGCUACUCUGUAUUCUACUUUCCACCGUAUACCAAUUUACAGCGCUUACAAAUUUAAUUUUACCUGUGGGACGAAUACUGAAGGCAGACGUGCAACAUGGUUUAUUGAGAGGCAGCUCUCAGACCCAAGUGAUUCUCGUGAUUAUAUGGAUCUCCCACGAAAUGACAGAGAAAUUCUAAAACAAAAACAAGCUAUUGAUCGCUUUUAUGAAAACACAAACUAUGACCGGGGUCAUUUAAAUCCAAAUAAUUUUCAGUGCAAUGAUGGGAGGAUUGCAACUUUCACUCUCACAAAUGCAGUGCCGAUGGAUGCCUGCUUUAAUCGAGUUCACUGGAAAGAGUAUGAAGAUGAAACUCGGAAUGUUCUUGAAGCUUUCAGCAAUAAAGGAAUCGCUUAUCUUGUGUCUGGAGGAGUGCCUUCAACGAAUAAGAUUCCCAUUCGAAAGAUAGAUGAGACAGAAGAGCAAAGAGAUUUCUCCAUGGUGACUGUUCCUAGGUAUAUAUGGACUGCUGUAUGCUUUGAGGCUGAUGAUCCCACUGAGUCUUUUUCUUUUGGUUACUUGGGUAGCAACAAGCCUGAUGCCGUUAUUGAGCCAAUGAAAAUCCUAGAACUUGAGGAAUAUUUACAAGCACUCUAUGAGAAUCCAUCUCUAAACAUUUUUCAAGAUGAUUGUGGUGCCUCUACUCAGAAUUCUCAGAAUAUUCUAAGAAACCUAGAAAAAAAGAUCUUUCUGCCACAAAAAGGAAGAAGCAUGUACUCCGAUUCUGCACCAGAAGUAAGAAGUAUAUGGGAUGCUACUGUUUCGAGAAAGCGGCACAGAGCAUCAAGCCAAGAACCAGUUGGACAUAAGAGAAUAGUAAAAAUGGAAAUGGACUUAUCUUUUGAUAAUUUAAAUGAAUGGCAGAUAAAUAAUGAAAUAUUCAAGGAGCAGUCAAAAUUUUCUUGUGUUUUAAUGAGUGGCCAUCUCACAGCAUCAGUUCAUAGUUAUCAUCAUAUUCAGCAUCGCUCAGACAACAAACUAAUUUGUGCGCUUGUUCCUGAGAAAUCAAGCUAUGCGUCAGAUGUUACUGCUGAUGGGACAAGGUGCCUGGAAGGGAAAAUAUGUUCUGUCUCAUGUCUAACAGAAAAUGGCAUUAAACCAUGUUGUACAUCAUCAUGUCUAUAUGACUAUGAGAGCAAGUUAUUCAUAUGUUCUUCUGGAAAUCAGUGUGUUAUCUGUUCUCCUCAAUACUCCACCAUAACCCAAUCUGGAAAAUCUUGCAAAAACAGUGAGUGUGCCACUCGAGGUGAAAAGAAAUACUGGUGUUACACAGAUGGUAAAGUAAAGGAAUACUGUAAUCCACCUCCUGUACCAGCCAAUUUAGGCCCUCUGGCAUGCCUUGUUAACACAGAUAAAUGGUUAACCUUCACAGCAGACAAUGGAAAGUUGUGGUGCAGCAAGAAUUGUAAAGGUGAUGCUUGUAAAAUUGGGGUGGAGAGCGAAUAUGAUGAUGCACUCUGCAAGUACAAAGCAUCAUUUAGUAAGAGUGGCAACAUUCUGCUGCAGGACAGACGGGGUAUGUACCUCUGCAGAAGUCCAGAGAAUUCCACUCAAUACAUCCAAGCUACUAAGCACCAUCCUGAUGCCUCCUGUGAAUUUGAAGUCUCUGUAAUGAAUGGAAAGGUGCUCUUCAAAGCUGAUAAUGGCAAGAUGCUAAGCAGAAUCUUCCAUGAUUUGUCCGACAACAUAGAGGCAGAAAAAAAUUCCCCAGAUGUGUUCUGCAAGUUUACUGUCAGUACUGGAGUGGACAAUGUAGGCCCACUGGCAUGUUACAUUGAUACAGAGAAACUGGUAACAUUUGUGGCUGAUAAUGGAAAGUUUUGGUGCAACACCAUUUGUAAAGAUGACACGUGUAGAAUUCAGGUGGAUGAAAAAUAUGACGACACACAGUGCAAGUAUAAGGUAUCUCAGGCCAGGAGUGGCAAGAUUCUGCUGCAGGACAGACGGGGUAUGUACCUCUGCAGAAGUCCAGAGUAUUCCAUUCAAUACAUUCAAGCUGCAAAGCACCACCCUGAUGCCUCCUGCGAAUUUGAAGUUUCUGAGAUGGAUGGAAAGGUGCUCUUCAAAGCUGACAAUGGCAAGAUGCUAAGCAGAAUCCUUCGGGGCUCGCAGGACAACAUUGAGGCAGAAAAAGCUUCUCCAGAUGUGUUCUGCAAAUUUACUGUCCAGAGUGGAGGUAACACUGGAGGUAACACUGGACGUGACACUGGAGUGGACAAUGUGAGUUCUUUGGCAAAUAUUAUUGGUUCAGAGAAAUGGCUAACAAUUGUGGCUGAUAAUGGAAAGUACUGGUGCAACAAUCUUUGUACACAAGUAGCAUGUAGAAUUCAAGUGGUUGAAACCUAUGAUGAACUACGCUGCAGGUAUAAAGUGUCUCACGCCAGGAAUGGUAAGAUUCUGCUGCAGGAUAUGCGGGGUAUGUACCUCUGCAGAAGUCCGGAGUAUUCCAUUCAAUACAUCCAAGCUGCAAAGCACCACCCUGAUGCCUCCUGCGAAUUUGAAGUUUCUGAGAUGGAUGGAAAGGUGCUCUUCAAAGCUGACAAUGGCAAGAUGCUAAGCAGAAUCCUUCGGGGCUCGCAGGACAACAUUGAGGCAGAAAAAGCUUCUCCAGAUGUGUUCUGCAAAUUUACUGUCCAGAGUGGAGGGAACACUGGAGGUAACACUGGACGUGACACUGGAGUGGACAAUGUGAGUUCUUUGGCAAAUAUUAUUGGUUCAGAGAAAUGGCUAACAAUUGUGGCUGAUAAUGGAAAGUACUGGUGCAACAAUCUUUGUACACAAGUAGCAUGUAUAAUUCAAGUGGUUGAAACCUAUGAUGAACUACGCUGCAGGUAUAAAGCGUCUCACACCAGGAGUGGCAAGAUUCUGCUGCAGGACAGAUUGGGUAUGUACCUCUGUAGAAGUCCGAAGUAUUCCAUUCAAUACAUCCAAGCUGCAAAGCACCACCCUGAUGCCUCCUGCGAAUUUGAAGUUUCUGAGAUGGAUGGAAAGGUGCUCUUCAAAGCUGACAAUGGCAAGAUGCUAAGCAGAAUCCUUCGGGGCUCGCAGGACAACAUUGAGGCAGAAAAAGCUUCUCCAGAUGUGUUCUGCAAAUUUACUGUCCAGAGUGGAGAUAACACUGGACGUGACACUGGACGUGACACUGGAGUGGACAAUGUGAGUUCUUUGGCAAAUAUUAUUGGUUCAGAGAAAUGGCUAACAAUUGUGGCUGAUAAUGGAAAGUACUGGUGCAACAAUCUUUGUACACAAGUAGCAUGUAGAAUUCAAGUGGUUGAAACCUAUGAUGAACUACGCUGCAGGUAUAAAGCGUCUCACGCCAGGAAUGGUAAGAUUCUGCUGCAGGAUAUGCGGGGUAUGUACCUCUGUAGAAGUCCGGAUUAUUUCAUUCAAUACAUCCAAAUUGAAUACAUCCAAACUGCAAAGCAUCACCCUGAUGCCUCCUGCGAAUUUGAAGUUUCUGAGAUGGAUGGAAAGGUGCUCUUUAAAGCUGACAAUGGCAAGAUGCUAAGCAGAAUUCUUCGGGGCUGGGAUGACAACAUUGAGGCAGAAAAAGCUUCUCCAGAUGUGUUCUGCAAAUUUACUGUCCAGAGUGGAGGUAGCACUGGACGUGACACUGGAGUUAAACAUGAAAGUCCAUUGAUAUACAGUAUUGUUUCAAAUAACUGGAUAACAAUUGUGGCUGAUAAUGGAAAGUACUGGUGCAACAAGCUUUGUACACAAGUAGCAUGUAGAAUUCAAGUGGUUGAAACCUAUGAUGAACUACGCUGCAGGUAUAAAGCGUCUCACGCCAGGAAUGGUAAGAUUCUGCUGCAGGAUAUGCGGGGUAUGUACCUCUGUAGAAUUCCUAAGUAUUCCAUUCAAUACAUCCAAGCUGCAAAGCACCACCCUGAUGCCUCCUGCGAAUUUGAAGUUUCUGAGAUGGAUGGAAAGGUGCUCUUCAAAGCUGACAAUGGCAAGAUGCUAAGCAGAAUUCUUCGGGGCUGGGAUGACAACAUUGAGGCAGAAAAAGCUUCCCCAGAUUUUUUCUGCAAAUUUACUGUCAACACUGGGGCUCAGAGAAGACGCAGGGCAAUUGACUCCGCCCCUUCUGGUUUCUCUGCUGCUGAACUGACCACACCAUAGUGCAGAGCUCCCUAAAAUGUGACAGAAGACAUUAUUAUAGCCAGACAAUUUUGUUAACUUCUGCGCUUUCCUUUGUUGUUUAUUGUGGUGUGCAUAGUAGCACUUUUUUUGUUCUUUUGAGAUUAAAUUGAAUGAGGGAAACUGGGUUGGCACCAUAACAUUUUCCUGUGAGAACCAGCAGUGCCUUAUUCGACCACUACAGGCAAUUGUUUCUUUAUGUGAGUACAAGGGUUCAGUAAAUUUGAGAAAUUAAUAAAAGUACCUGCUGGCAUGUGAAAGAAAUUUUCUUUUUGUUUCUAUGGCAAAGGUAAAUUGUUCCCAGAAUUAAAAUAGGAACUGUAUGACAACUUACAGCACCUGCCUACAAAAAAAACAAUAAUUGUCUAUGGUACUGCAACAGUAUACCUUAUUAACCUACCUUACCUAAUUUCCAGUGCACCUACAAAUUUUUUUUGUCUUGAAUGGACCACAUUUUACAGUAACUAGAAAAUGUAAUAUAUUUACUAAACAAUGUCUACAUAUAUUAUGAUAUUGCUAAAACUGAGCACUUCACCCAGGUCUGUGACACUGUCCUUGUGGAGGGCACUUCUGCACAUCAGUGAUCUCUAAAGUUAUGUUUUCUAGAGACAUGUGCAAAUGUUAGAGUUACUCAUGGCAAAUGAAUCUAAAAAUGAUCAUUAUUUCUUCUCAAAUUAAAUUAAAGAGAACCUCA